UGUCGUCGUCGGUCAUCGUCACUCACUUCGUCAGUCGGGUGUCCAAAAGUCGGAGAGUCAUUGUUGCAAGUUCUGGAAAGGAAAGGCGUUUACUGUUAACAGUUAUCAAGCGUGAAGCAAGUAAAGUUUUGUGUAAAAGUGAAUUGAAUUUUUCAUUUCAAGAACAAAAGAAUUCUCAAAAACAGCAUCUUCGAAACCAUGGCAGAAGGCAAGAACGAGGAUUUGGCGACCGCAAUUCUGAAACGCAAGGAUCGCCCAAAUCGUUUGAUUGUGGAUGAAGCUGUGAAUGAUGAUAACUCGGUUAUCUCCCUGUCUCAGGCAAAGAUGGAUGAACUGCAAUUGUUCCGCGGCGAUACGGUCCUAUUGAAGGGUAAACGUCGCAAAGAAACGGUCUGCAUUGUUCUUUCGGAUGACAAUUGUCCGGACGAAAAGAUACGCAUGAACCGUGUGGUGCGUAACAACUUACGCGUUCGUUUGGGCGAUGUGGUUUCGAUCCAGUCUUGCCCGGAUGUCAAAUAUGGCAAACGAGUACAUAUUUUGCCGUUGGAUGAUACAGUCGAAGGGCUAACGGGGAAUUUGUUUGAUGUUUACCUCAAGCCGUACUUCCUAGAGGCCUAUCGCCCGAUUCAUCAGGAUGAUACGUUUAUUGUUCGCGGUGGUAUGCGCGCCGUUGAGUUCAAGGUAGUUGGGGCCGACCCUGCACCUUUUUGUAUUGUUGCUCCGGAUACGGUCAUUCAUUGUGAAGGUGAUCCUAUCAAACGAGAAGAAGAGGAAGAAGCGCUCAACGCCGUCGGUUAUGAUGAUAUCGGAGGUUGCCGUAAACAGCUGGCUCAGAUAAAAGAAAUGGUUGAACUUCCAUUGAGACAUCCAUCUCUUUUUAAAGCUAUUGGUGUCAAGCCACCGAGAGGAAUUUUGAUGUAUGGCCCGCCAGGUACAGGCAAAACUUUGAUUGCACGUGCAGUUGCUAAUGAGACUGGUGCAUUCUUCUUCCUAAUAAAUGGUCCAGAGAUCAUGUCCAAGUUGGCCGGAGAGUCAGAAUCUAAUCUUAGAAAAGCAUUCGAGGAAGCUGAAAAAAAUUCACCGGCAAUUAUUUUCAUCGAUGAAUUGGACGCCAUUGCUCCGAAACGUGAAAAAACUCACGGUGAAGUAGAACGUCGUAUCGUUUCGCAACUACUAACCUUGAUGGAUGGCAUGAAGAAAAGCUCGCAUGUGAUUGUGAUGGCCGCUACAAAUAGACCGAACUCGAUCGAUCCGGCUCUUCGUCGGUUUGGCCGCUUUGAUCGCGAAAUUGACAUAGGCAUCCCAGAUGCUACAGGUCGAUUGGAAGUUUUGCGAAUUCACACCAAAAAUAUGAAAUUGGCUGACGAUGUUGAUUUGGAACAGAUUGCAGCUGAAUCACACGGUCAUGUUGGAGCCGAUUUGGCUUCGCUUUGCUCGGAAGCCGCGCUGCAACAAAUUCGUGAAAAGAUGGAUUUGAUUGACUUGGAAGAUGACCAAAUUGACGCUGAAGUAUUAAAUUCGUUGGCCGUUUCAAUGGAGAACUUCCGUUAUGCUAUGACUAAAUCAAGCCCGUCUGCUUUGCGUGAAACAGUUGUGGAAGUACCAAAUACAACUUGGUCAGAUAUCGGAGGUUUGGAGAAUGUUAAACGUGAAUUGCAGGAAUUGGUGCAGUAUCCUGUCGAGCAUCCGGAUAAGUUCUUGAAAUUUGGCAUGCAACCUUCUCGCGGUGUAUUGUUCUACGGACCGCCUGGUUGUGGUAAAACUUUGUUGGCUAAGGCAAUUGCGAACGAGUGCCAGGCUAAUUUUAUCUCGGUCAAAGGACCGGAGCUAUUAACUAUGUGGUUUGGAGAAUCUGAAGCCAACGUUCGUGACAUUUUUGAUAAAGCUCGUUCGGCUUCACCGUGCGUACUGUUCUUUGAUGAGUUGGAUAGUAUCGCCAAGUCCCGUGGUGGCAAUGUUGGUGAUGCUGGUGGAGCUGCUGACCGAGUCAUCAACCAAAUUCUUACUGAGAUGGAUGGUAUGGGAGCGAAAAAGAAUGUUUUCAUCAUCGGUGCCACCAACCGACCAGAUAUUAUCGAUCCGGCAAUUUUACGCCCUGGUCGUCUUGAUCAGCUAAUCUACAUUCCGCUGCCGGAUGACAAAUCUCGUGAGGCCAUUCUAAAGGCUAAUCUGCGCAAGAGCCCGGUAGCCGCUGAUGUCGAUCUAACUUAUGUUGCAAAAGUAACUCAGGGUUUCUCAGGAGCUGAUUUGACUGAAAUAUGUCAACGUGCUUGUAAACUAGCUAUUCGGCAGGCGAUCGAAGCAGAAAUUCGCCGAGAGCGGGAGCGAACAGAAAAUCAAAGCUCAGCGAUGGAUAUGGAUGAAGAUGAUCCGGUUCCUGAGAUUACCCGUGCGCACUUUGAAGAAGCAAUGAAGUUUGCCCGCCGGUCUGUGUCCGACAACGAUAUCAGAAAGUAUGAAAUGUUCGCCCAAACGCUACAGCAAUCGCGCGGCUUUGGAAACAAUUUCAGAUUCCCUGGAGGUCAGAGCGGCUCGAGUUCACAGGGACAGGGAUCGAAUCAACCAACGAGCAAUCCCGGUGACAACGGGGAUGAUGAUCUCUAUAGUUAGAUUACUUUCAGUACAUUUCUGCUACAACAGUAACAUUAUUCAAUUCGUAAUAUCAAAUGAGCGAGAAUGUCUAUCCGUUAGGUGCCCGAUCUUCAUUCUAGAACCGAUGGAAUAACAGCUAAGCUGACACACACGCAUUAUUAAAUUUGUUCAUUAUCUAAAUCAAUAUGUUCCGCUUUGGCUAAACGUUUUUUGCCAAAACCACCACAAUGCAACAGUUUUAAACAUUAUAAUAAAAGGAGCUGCAACGAAUUUUUAUUCAGUGGAGUUUAUUUUAGCGCUAUAUAUUAUAGAACUAAUUGUUUCGUGUAUCUAGCCCAGAUUUUUCUUAUUCUGAGUCGAACUAUAUGAGAAACCUUGUUUAAAACUGUUUCAAUACAUCCUUGGUUAUAAUUAUACGUUUUACUUAUUUUGUUCCCUUAUCAAAAUGUAUUGGUUGAUAGCUAAACCAGAUGUAACGUAUGCGACAGCAUUUUCAUGAACAGAAACCGAUAAAAAAGUAAAACUUCACAGCAAAGAAUAUUAUUCUCAUUGAGUUGGUUCCAAAGAAAACGAGAAUGUGGUCGAUGGUUCCGCGGAAUGACGUUCAUUGAAAGAAAACAAAACUAUAUUAUAAUUAUUUGACUUUUUACUCUUGAUAAUAUGUAGGGAUUUUGACGCCUAGAAGGGUAACAAUGACUUUGGUAACGUGAUUAAAAAGCAAGAAAAAAUAACAAACAAUUCAAAACAGUAAA